UGAGCGCGAGAAUCGACUCAACUAGGUAAAAAGCUGCCGCGCAUUCUUCCUCAUAAAAGGGAAUAUCGUGCGCGUUAUGAUAUGUUUAUUUGCUGAUAAGCUUGUGAGCAAGCAGCCGUCGCUAUCAGGAGAGUCACUCGUCGUCCCUGUUUAGUGCAUUUUCACGGUUCGCUUGUGCGUGUCUCUAGGCGUUCGUUCCAUCGGCCGCGGCUCGACCCGAGAAUAGUUUUCAUUCCACGCGGCCUUCCGCAAUAAUGUGACUGUUUCUGUGGCGCGAUCCUUUUUCGAAAUGGACCAGCAACGAUUCGGAUCAGAGGGGGCCUCUCCGCUGCAAAAGUGGCACCUGCAAGAUCUGCGGAGGAGCAGCGGAAGGUACAGAACGUCGGUGACAUCACCAACCGGGGACGGUGUGUGCUUUCGGGACGCCCAGCGCAACAGCAGCCCCGUUUCGAAAGAAACCCCGCCUUGGUCCAUAUUGAGCGGAUUUUUUAUCAUACAGUUUUUCGUCUCGGGCGUGUUGGUUUCACACGGCGUCUACCUGAACCAUUUGUUGUUUCAAGAAAAUUAUUGGAAUCCUUUCUCGGUCGUCUGGCCGCCAACAAUUUUCCUUUUCACGUGGUGCAUGACACGGCCGAUAUUCCGCUUCCUCGGUAUGCGGAGGCAAGGGUCGUACUGCAAAAUACUGGCAGCUUGCGGCACUCUAGUCCUGGCGAUCGGCCUGGCCGCCAGUUGCCUCGUGCGAAGCACAGAACUCAGAAUCGUAACUUUUGGGCUGAUAGGAGGAUUAGGGUGCAGUAUGGCCAUGACUCAGAGCGAAGCGCAGGCGACUUUGCAUUUCCGCCCAUCGGUUAGUCUGUGCCUCGCCGGUGUUUCUCAAUCUCUGAGCCACUUCGCCGCACCUCUGAUAAUGAUGGUACUAGUCUCAAAAUACGGUUCGUUCGGAGCGCUCCUCGUGCAGGCCAGCAUUACUCUCAACGGCGUCGUCGGCGCUCUCCUCCUCUGCAAAAAGAAAAAUGGCACCAUACAAAUAUCAACGCCAGCUCCUGAAGUUGCCGAUGACGAGGAGCUUGUCGUUUACAGUCGCGUGCCAUCCAGUCCAAGGCCAAACAGAAACAAUGACUCGUUCAGGAGCUGGAAGAACCCUGCCUCGGACCCCCUGGACAAUGCCGAAGCUGGAGAACUCGUGACGGAUGAUUUUAGUUUUGACGGCUUUGGCGGGGAAGAGUCUGGGGCGGACGUCUCGGAUGACGGAAGACCAAGGAAUCACAUGGGCGUGGAAAUUCUCCCUCAAAUCCUCGAAGAGGAUGAAGACGAGGAGGAAAGAGGAGAGAAUGUCAUCUUUGACUUGUCCAAAAGACGAAUGUCAAGUAUUCGAACAAACAGGGACAGUUGGCUGCCAAUGCCGCCUCUCGAGCAUUAUUCGUCCAACCAACAAGAUUCUACCGUGGAGGGCGAUUCACCACUACCCCUUCUAACGCCCUCAUCGUUGACUGGGGAAAGAGCCGCAGCAUUUACGUUUAAUCAACAAAGGACAAAAUGUUGCAAUUGUGGAGACGCACUUCGCAAAUUUUCGACAAAGAUGUUGCACUGUUUAAAGGACAUCUGCAAAUCCCGACUGUUGCCCACGGUCCUAAUAAACCUGGCGCAGAAACUAACUCAUCUUGGAUUUCUGGCCGCGCUUCCGACAGUCGCGAACCAAAUGGUGACCUAUCGCAGACAAGAGGGAGCGUUUUCCAUGGCCCUCGCCGGGUUUGGCUGGGCGUGUAUGGUCGUCUGCACGCCUUGUUUCCUCAUGUCUUACGCGAAAAGGCAAAAAGGCGUCAUUUUCUCAGCAAUCUAUCUCCUCUCAAGUGUAGGAUUUGCGCUGCUCUCCGAUUCAAGAUCUCACGACCGCCUCACGUUAGGCAGCGUGUUAGUGGGAAUGACGCAUGGCGCGCUGAUAAACAUGACGCCGUCGAUUCUCUGCUCGCUGUGGGGCAGCGCUUCAAUCAAAAACUCAGUGCAAAACGCCGUUGACGUGCUAACUGCUCUUCUGAUAAUACCCUUUGUCGCGUUGACCAACUUGUACGUGGACGGCGUUGAAGACUUCAAAAACGUGUUUUUGGGCCUCUCUUAUCUGCAAAUAACAAUGGGCGCUGGAGCCCUGUUGUGGACAAUCUUGCGGAAAGUUUUUCACCAAUACCAGUCGUGGGAAGUGCAAAGACAAAGUUUGAUUAUGUGAUAUUAACGCUCUCAAAUAAAUGUAAGGGAUUGAAUUAAGGAAAA